AUGGCAUUCUCGAGGAGGGGGUUUAUAUGCGUCAGCCUCCAGGCUUUGUUGACCCUACUCGUCCUCAGCACCUCUGUCGCCUUGCGUCCUGAGGUUACGAUGUACCUGCUGGUUUAUGUUGAUGAUAUCAUACUUAUCAGUUCUUCGGAUGAUGUUGCUGAUCGCCUUGUGUCUUCACUUAGUGGUGAUUUUGCUGUUAAGGACUUGGGUGCGCUGCACUAUUUCCUUGGUCUAGAGGUUUCACGGUCUUCUGCUGGGCUGACUCUCACACAGCAGAAGUAUUCUCUGGACUUGCUACGUCGUGCUGGCAUGUUGAAGUGUAAACAUGCUACCACUCCUAUGUCUGCAACUGAUCGCAUGUCUGCUCUUGAUGGAGACAUCCUUUCGCCUGAUGAUGCUACUGAGUACCGCAGUCUUGUUGGAGGUCUGCAAUAUCUCACUAUCACCAGACCUGAUGUUUCUUAUGCCGUCAACUGUGUGUGUCAGUAUCUUCAUGCACCCAGGACGUCUCAUUGGUCAGCUGUGAAGCGUAUUCUGCGCUAUGUCAGCCUCACUGCCUCGUAUGGUCUGCUUCUUCAACCGGCUCCAUCAUGUGUCCUUUCUGCCUUCUCCGAUGCAGACUGGGCUGGCAAUCCGGAUGACAGGCGAUCCACGGGGGGCUAUGCAGUAUUCUUUGGUCCUAACUUGAUCGCCUGGAAUGCUCGCAAGCAGGCUACAGUAUCUCGCAGUAGUACUGAAGCUGAAUAA